AUGACGUGGAUUUCCCGCUCCAUUGCUGCCUUUGGGCUUGUGUUGCUGGGUCACGCUUGCUAUUCAGCCCAGGAGCAUUCGGCACUACAAUCAUUCCGAGCCGCAUCGCCUUUGUCUUCGUCACCUGAUUCUGCCACGACCUCGCUACCAGCAGACAUCACGAUCGAAACGGCAGUCGCGACCAUUAUCGUUGUACUGGGACUUGUGCUGGGUGCCCCGAACCUUCGACCGAUUCAAUGGCGCGUCUGGGCUGGCAAAAUUGAGAGGGAGGGUGAGGCAGGGUUUCUCAGUGGCAGCGGUGAAGUUGAGAAAGAUUUCGUGGGCAACCCCUUUCGAAUUCUCGAGAGCCGGCCGGGCUUUGUCGAUAUCAGGAAACAGAGGGGCGACUUCGCCAAUUGGGCUAAAGACGACAAGAAGACCCAAGCAACCACUGCCUCGUCAUGA